AUGGGUGGAUUCCCCAACAAGCCAAUAAGGCACGCUUCCAUCGAACUUGCUGCUUCUGCUAGUUCUAGGUCUCCGGAACCCAGCGUAAGCGAUCAAGCCAAGUUCUCGAAACGGCUUGCCAGCUUGGGCAAACAAAGCCAGUGGGCAAGCGCAUUGUCGGAAUUAGUGAGUGCACAGCUGACGCACAUCAGUGCACACAACGCAGUGGCAACCGCCUGUGCCAAAAAUUGGGCCUGGGCAUCGGCACUCAUCUUGAUAGGUGCUGCUCGACACCAGACACUUCGGGUCAAUGCCAGAACUUAUGGGGCAGGUGCCCUUUCUUGUCAGGUCGCUGCUUCUUGGGAGCAUUGCACCCAACUUCUGAUGGAUGCAAGCCUGUUAGGCAUUGAGGUGAAUGUGGUGUGCUGCACAGCAUUGCUGCAUGCCUGUGGGCAAGCAGCAGAGGCAAGCAGGGCUUUGGCCGUGCUUAGUCUGAUGAAGGCUACCGCAAUAGAACCAACGCAGGUCAGUGUUGGUGCUGCAAUGAGUGCUAGUGCACAGGAGGGGCGGUGGAAAGAUACCCUUGCUCUGUUGAACGAAGCAGACGAAGCACGUAUGCGACCUAACCUUGUUUGCUGCAACGCGCUCCUGACGAGCCUGGAGAAGGGGCGAAGGCCUGAACAAGCAAUGGCAGUUCUCGAGAGUAUGGAACGUCCUGAACGUCCUGCGACGGAGUCAGAGUCAGAUGAGUCAGUGUGGCUUAGACUCCCUAGACCUGAUGUCAUCAGCUACAGUGCAGUGAUCAGUGCCUGUGAGAAAAGUGGUUCUUGGAGAUCGGCUUUGGCUCUGCUAUGGCGUAUGCAGGCCAGAAGUCUUCAACCCAAUGCUGUAAGCUUCAGUGCGGCGAUUUCUUCAUGUGCAAGGGGUGGUCAGGGUCAGCUUGCGCUGCAAGUCUUGCGGAUGAUGCAGAUGUGCUUGCAGCAGCCCAACUUGGUGUGUUACGGUGCUGCAAUAAGUUCUUGCGAAAAGAAUGCGGGCUGGGAGCAGGCGCAGGUCCUGUUAGAGGAAAUGAUGAGUGAGCAGUUGCAGCCAAAUCUAGUAUGCUUCAAUGCCAUGUUGAGCUCGCUCAUGAUGGCUGGCAAAGGUGGCAGAGCCACUAGGUUGCUAAGCUCCAUGAGAGGUGCGUUGCUGCAGACUGACAUCAUUAGCUACUCUGCAACAAUUGCAGCGUGUUCCAGAAAGCGGCAAUGGUGUGAAUCCAUAGAGCUCCUCCGUUUAAUGUCAGAAGAAGCGGUGGAACCGACUUGCAUUGCCCUCGAGGCAGCGUUUGCGGCAUGUGAAGAACAUGGGAAGCUGGAGCAUGUCCAUCUGCUGCGUCCGAUGUCGGAGCACGCUCUCGAUUCUUGCAGAUCAUUGACGUAG